CUGAAUGCAUCAGAACCUAAAGACAAUAUUGUCUUGAGACAGCUUCUUUUUUUUUUUUUCUUUUAAUAGCAUUUACUCAAUGCUGCUAAACAGAAAUAUUUUUAGUGGUCAUCUUAUUGGAGCACAAAUGGCAACAGGAACCUGCUUGCAGGGUUGCAAAAGAAAAGCAUUCCUCUGCUUUCUUUUUGCUAGCAUUUGGCAAGACAUCACCGGGCAGAUCUAUUACUCAAUUCCUGAAGAAACAGAGAAAGGCUCUUUGGUGGGGAAUAUUGCGAAGGAUCUAAGGCUGGAUGCAAAGGAGCUCUCAGACCACAGAGUCCGCAUUAUUUCUCAAGGUAGGGCUCAGUAUUUUGCUUUGAAUUAUAACAAUGGGCAUUUGUACAUCGCAGAAAGAAUAGACAGAGAGGAGAUCUGUGGUCAGGCAGAGAAGUGCCUGGUAAAAUUUGAGAUUAUAAUUGGGGAUACCAUGAAGCUUUUUGAAGUCAAGGUGGAAAUCACUGAUAUUAAUGACAAUAACCCCACUUUCCCAUCAGAGAAAAUGGAGAUUGAAUUAAGUGAGAUAACAACACCCGGAUCCCAGUUUCCCCUCUAUGAAGCUCAAGAUCCUGAUCUGGGCACAAAUUCUCUCCAGGGAUACAAACUCAGCAGCAGCAGCCAUUUUUCUCUGGCUGUGCAAAAUGCCGCUGAUGGUGGUCAAUACGCAAAAUUAGUGCUGGAAAGACAUCUGGAUCAUGAAGAAGAAGAUGUUCAUCACCUGACUCUCACGGCAUAUGAUGGAGGGGAGCCGAUCAGGACUAGCACGGUACAAAUUAACAUUAUUGUCCUGGAUGCUAAUGACAAUGCACCUGUUUUUAGCCAACAUGUCUACAAAGUUAGCAUUAGGGAAGAUAUUCUUAUUGGAACCACUCUAGUUACAUUAAAAGCCACUGACCUGGAUGAAGGGAUCAACAAAGAAAUGAAGUAUUCAUUCCAAAAAAUCACAGAAAGAGCUUCUCAAACAUUCCACUUGGAUUCAGACACAGGGGAAAUAACUCUAGUGGGAAGUUUAGACUAUGAGGACACUGCACUUUAUGAAAUGGAGGUCCAGGUCCAUGAUGGUGGAAGACUUUUUGAUCAAUCUAAAGUAGUUAUAGUAGUUAUUGAUGUAAAUGAUAACACACCAGAACUGGCAAUAAUGUCACUUAUCAGUUCCAUCCCUGAGAAUUCUCCAGUAGGAACUGCAAUUGCCCUUGUAAAUGUGCAAGAUGAAGAUUCAGCAGAAAAUGCAGAAAUCACUUGUUCUAUUCCCAGCAAUCUCCCCUUCAAACUGAAUAAAUCAAUAGGUAAUUAUUACAGUUUAGAGACAACCAAAAUGCUGGACAGGGAGCAAGUGGCAUCCUACAACGUCACUAUCAUCGUUGUGGAUCAUGGAAAUCCUCCACUCUCUACAACUACCAUCAUACCACUCCAGAUUUGGGACGCUAAUGAUAAUCCUCCAUAUUUUCCACAGUCAUCCUACAGAUCUUACAUUGUGGAAAAUAACCAACGAGGUACCUCCACCUUCUCUGUCAAGGCAAAUGAUCCAGACUGGGAAGAGAACUCCAGAAUAACAUAUUCCAUCACUGAAGAUCAAAUGAGUGGCUCUCCUCUCUCCUCAUUUAUUUCAGUUAACUCAGAGACUGGUGUUGUCUAUGCUCAGUGCUCCUUUGAUUAUGAAGAAUUCCAUGAGAUCCAAUUCCAGGUCAAGGCCCAAGAUGGAGGCUCCCCACCACUCAGCUCCAACGUCUCAGUGACUCUCUUCAUCCUUGAUCAGAAUGACAAUGCUCCAGAAAUCCUGCAUCCUUCUCCUCCCACAGAUGGCUCCACUGGGAUAGAGCUGGCCCCUCGCUCCUCUGAGCCAGGCUACCUGGUCACUAAGGUGGUGGCUGUGGAUGCGGACUCUGGCCAGAAUGCCUGGCUCUCCUACCAGCUGAUCAAGGCCACAGAGCCCGGGCUCUUCACUGUGGGACUCCAUACUGGAGAGAUCAGGACAGCCCGCUUCUUUCUGGAGAAGGAUGCCCUCAAACAAAGCCUGGUGGUUUUAGUGAAGGACAAUGGGCAGCCGCCUCUCUCUGCCUCAGUCACUGUCACUGUGGUGCUGGCUGACAGCAUCCCUCAAAGUCUCUCGGAUCUAAGGAGCAUCUCAGCUCCUUUAGAUCCACCAUCUGAUCUCACCUUCUACCUGGUGAUUGCUGUGGCUUUUGUCUCCUGCUUGUUCUUCAUCUUCCUCCUUGUGUUACUGGUAAUCAAGCUUCACAACUGGAGAAAUGCACAGCUGUUCAACUCAGGAAGUGUGAACUUCAAUGGAGUUCCAGUUUCACAGUUUGUGGGCAUUGAUGGAGUCCGAGCUUUUCUGCACUCCUACUGUCAUGACCUUUCUCUGACCGCAGGUUCUAGGAAAAGCAGUUUCAGCUUUUCAAAGGGAAACUAUUCCAAUACUUCAACUAAUCAGCAGCCCAGUGAAAUAAAAGAUCAUUUUUUCAUAGCAGAAAAUCUUACCAUCAGCACACAUCUUCUUUCCACACAGAAAACCAUCUCACUGCAGAUCUCUGACAUCAGAGAUUGCCCUGCCUUUGAAGAAUCUAUCUACAAUGUUUUUGUGCCAGAAAACAACCCUUUGGGUGCCUCCAUUUUGACUGUCACAGUGGGCCACAAUUCACUUAUCUCAUACUCUGUCUUCAAAAGCAACAUUGAGGAGCUGCCUCUCUCUUCUUAUGGAACCAUUCAGACUGGAACUGUCUAUGCACAGCAGUCUUUUGACUAUGAAUAAUGUAGGGAAUGUCAGAUUCAAACAAAGGCUCGAGAUGGUGGCUCUCCCCAACUUAGCAGCAAUGUCACGUUUAUUCUGGAUCAGAAUGAUAACAGCCCUCGGGUCCUCUAUCCUUUCCAAGAAGCUGAUGGCCCAGCUUUGUUUAAGAUGGUUCCUCACUCUGCAGAGUCAGGCUAUCUAGUGACCAAAGUGGUGGCAUUGGAUGCUGACUCUGGACACAAUGCCUGGCUCUCCUACCAUCUGCUGCAGACCACUGAGCCAAGGCUCUUCACCACUGGGUCCCACACUGGAGACAUCAGGACAUUGUGGGGUUUUGUGAAGAAAGAUGCUGUGAAACACAAACUAGUCAUCUUGGUUAAGGACAAUGGUAAGACUCUACUCUCAGCUAUUGUGACAUUCCAAGAGGCACUUCCAGAAAUGAGCAACCAAUCCAAUGACUCAGAACAUAAUUAUGAGUGGCAGUUUGACUUGGUCCUGGCUUUAGAUUUGAUUUCAUUUUUGUUCCUUCUGACUAUAGCACUUGUCAUUGCAAUGAAACUUCAACGGUGAGGGAGUCCCAAAUUAUUCCAGUGCUUUGAUCCAAUGUUUCCUAAGAUGCAUAUAUUUCCACCAAACUAUGAAGAAGGAAGUUUGCCUUAUUCCUACAAGGCUGUCUAUCCUCUGAGCUCAGGAAAGAUGAGAUCUCUGCUCAGAAAAGAUGAAGUCUCUGCUCAGAAACAUAAUAUCCAGAUUGGUAAAAACUUGUUUUGCAGUGAUAGCUCUCAAGUGGUACUUAUGGACAGCAACUGUGAGAAUUUCAAUUCUGAAAUGCAGAUUGGAAGAUUCCAUUUGUCUCUCUGUGUUUCAGUUCAAUACUCAGUAUUGUGGCAACAUUCAGCAAAAAUCUAUCUGCAACAGAGGAUCAAAAUGCUUCUUCACAUCACGACGGUAACAAAUAGAGAAUGGCUCCAAAGCAGCAGGAGGGGAAUCUUUGUUUGUGUCAUGAUGGUUACUCUUUGGGAGGCUGUUUCUGGGAGUAUUUACUAUGCAGUUCCUGAGGAAAUACAGAAAGGAUCUAUCAUAGGAAACAUUCCAAAGGAAAUGGGACUGGAUGUAAGAGAUCUUUCAGAGAGAGGAGUACACAUUGUUUCCCAAGGUAGGACUCAGUAUUUUGCUUUGAAUUUAAAUACUGGCCAUUUAUACACCACGGACAGAAUAGAUAGAGAGGAGAUCUGUGGCCAAGUAGAAAAGUGUAUCUUGAAUUUUGAGAUUAUAGAUGGGGAGUCAAUGAACAUUUAUGGAGUGGAAGUUGAAAUUAUAGAUAUUAAUGACAAUGCUCCCCAGUUCUCAUCUGAGGAAAUGAUGAUAAAAAUCAGUGAGAAUAAAGCAAUAGGAUCUCAGUAUGCCAUAUAUGAGGCACAAGACCCUGAUUUGGGUACCAAUUCCAUCCAGGACUACAAACUCAGCAGAAGUAGUCAUUUUUCUCUGGAUGUUAAAACGGCGGCUGAUGGGGCCAGAUAUGCUGAACUAGUGCUUGAGAGGUCCCUUGAUCGUGAAAAAGAAACUGCUCACCAUCUGGUCCUCACAGCAUAUGAUGGAGGAGACCCAGUAAAGUCUGGCACCGUAAAGAUCCAAGUCACAGUUCUUGAUGCAAAUGACAAUGCACCAGUUUUUAGCAAGCCUCUUUAUAUUACAAGCAUAAUGGAAAAUGCGCCUAUUGGAUCUCAAGUGAUUACAAUAAAAGCCACUGACCUUGAUGAAGGAAUCAACAAAGAUGUGAAAUAUUCAUUCAGAAAAAUAACAGAGAAAGCCUCUCAGACGUUUCACCUUGAUUCAACCACAGGAGAAAUAAUUCUUAUAGGAAGUCUAGACUAUGAAAAAUCUGUACAGUAUGAAUUUGAGGUCCAGGCUCAAGAUGGUGGAGAUCUAACUGACAGAUCAAAAGUUGUAAUUGCUGUUACUGAUGUGAAUGACCAUGCUCCUGAAUUAACCAUCACCUCUCUUAUUGCUUCACUGCCAGAAGACUCUCCAAAAGGGACAGUGGUAGCUCUUUUAAAUGUACAAGAUCAAGAUUCAGGAAACAAUGGUGAAUUCACAUGUUCCAUUCCCAACAGCAUCCCUUUCAAACUGACAAAAUCCUACAGUAAUUAUUACAGGUUGGUUCUGGAUGAAGAACUUGACAGGGAGAAUGUGGCUGCCUACAACAUCACCAUAACAGUCACAGACCAUGGGAAUCCUCCCCUUUCUACGUCUAUGAUAAUCCAUCUCCAAAUUGUAGACACAAAUGACAGCCCCCCUCUGUUUCCAUUAUCACAUUACAUUUCUUACCUCACAGAGAACAAUCAAAGAGGUGCUUCUAUAGUUUCACUCCAGGCAAAUGAUCCAGACUGGUAUGAGAACUCCAGAAUAACUUAUUCCAUUAUUAAAAAUCAGAUGAGUGAUUUUCCCUUUUCUUCCUAUCUCUCUAUUAACUCAGAGACAGGAGUUGUCUAUGCCUUGAGCUCCUUUGAUUAUGAAGAAUUCCGGGAGAUUCAGUUCCAGGUCAAAGCUCAGGAUGGAGGCUCCCCACCACUCAGCUCUAAUGUCUCAGUGACUCUCUUCAUCCUUGAUCAGAAUGACAACACUCCAGAAAUCCUGUAUCCUUCCCCUCCCACGGAUGGCUCCACUGGAGUACAGCUGGCCCCUCGCUCCUCUGAGCCAGGCUACCUGGUCACUAAGGUGGUGGCUGUGGAUGCGGACUCUGGCCAGAAUGCCUGGCUCUCCUACCAGCUGGUCAAGGCCACAGAGCCCGGCCUCUUCACUCUGGGACUCCACACUGGAGAGAUCAGGACAGCCCGUUUCUUUCUGGAAAAGGAUGCCCUCAAGCAAAGCCUGGUGGUUUUGGUGAAGGACAAUGGGCAGCCGCCUCUCUCCGCCUCAGUCACUGUCACUGUGGUACUGGCUGACAGCAUCCCUGAAAGCCUCUCAGAUCUGAGCAGCAUCUCAGCUCCUAUAGAGGAUCCCCAGUCUGACCUCACCUUCUACCUUGUGAUUGCUGUGGCUUUUGUCUCCUGCUUAUUCUUCACUUUUCUUCUGGUGUUAUUGGCUCUCAGACUUUACAGGUGGAAAAACUCACAGCUGUUUGACUCAGGAAGUGUGCAUUUCAGUGGUGUUCCAGUUUCACAAUUUAUGGGAAUUGAUGGAGUCCAAGCAUUUCUUCACUCCUACUGCCACGAAGUUUCUCUCACCACCGACUCAAGGAAGAGCAAUUUCAGCUUUUCAAAAGGGAACAGCUCUAAUACUCUGACAAGUCAGCAGCCUUGUGAGGUAGAAGCUCCCAUUCUGACUGGUGACAUUUUAAACAUUAAUGAUGAGGAUCAAGCUUCUGUUCAGCCCACUGCUGUAUAUGGCAAAAAGUAUUACUUUGACUCCAGUGACACUGAGACACUGUCUGAGGAGGUUUGGUAUUCAAUUCCUGAGGAAAACAUAAAGGGCUCUCUUGUGGGGAAUCUUGCCAAGGAUUUGGGUCUGAACAAGAGAGACCUGGUGAUCAGGAAGCUCCGUAUUGUUUCUGCAGCUUAUGCACAAUUCUUUACUGUGAAUGAAGAACAUGGAGACUUGUAUGUAAGAGACAGAAUAGAUCGAGAAGAAAUCUGUGGGAAAUCUCUACAUUGUGUCCUUAACUUUGACAUUGUGGUUGAAAACCCUUUGAAUGUUUUUCAUAUAAGUGUCACCAUAGAAGAUAUUAACGAUAAUGCACCACAGUUUAUAAAAGAUAAUAUUAAACUAGAAAUAACAGAAACCAGUUUGCCUGGAGCCAUUUUUGCUCUUGGAAAUGCUGAAGAUCCUGAUGUUGGGAUAAAUUCUCUGCAAAAUUACGAGCUGAGCCCCAGUCAGUACUUCACCUUGGAUGUUAAAGAAAGUCUAGAUGGAAAUAAAUAUGCAGUCUUGGUACAAAGCAAGCCACUGGAUCGGGAAAGUGAACAUAGUUUCCAUUUGAUCCUUACAGGCCUGGAUGGAGGAGAGCCAUUAAAAACUGGAACAGCCCAUAUAUGGAUUAAUGUUACUGAUAUCAAUGAUAACCCACCGGUUUUCUCUCAAGAAGUCUAUAAAUUCAGCCUCAAGGAGAGUACACCCAAGGGAUCUUUAGUGAUACAGGUUAAAGCCUUUGACAGAGAUGAAGGUUCCAAUGCUCAGAUAAGCUAUAGUUUCAGCAAUAUCCCAACUAAAGCCAGUCAGAAAUUUAGCCUGAAUCCAGAAAAUGGGAUAAUUUCAGUUAGGGAGACUUUGGACUUCGAAGAGUCGAGAAGCUAUAUGAUGUUAAUAGAAGCCAAGGAUGGUGGUGGAUUAUUGACACACUGCAAAGUUGAGAUUGAGGUUAUUGACGAAAAUGACAAUGCUCCAGAGGUGGUGCUAAUGUCAGUGUUUAGUCCAGUUCCUGAAGACUCUCUACCAGGAACUGUGAUUGCUUUGAUCAGUGUAGAUGACAGAGAUGCAGGAGAUAAUGGGAAGACUACUUGCCAUAUAGAAGGUAAAAUGCCUUUUAAAAUUCUGCCCACAUCUAACAGUUACUACAAGCUCCUCACAGACAGUCCACUGGACAGAGAAAAAACCUCAGAGUAUAACAUCACAAUCACAACCACUGACAAAGGCACCCCAUCGCUUUCCACACACAAAAACAUUUUACUGCAGAUUUCAGAUAUCAAUGACAAUCCCCCCACCUUUGAAGAAUCUAUCUACAAUGUCUUUGUGCCAGAAAACAAUCCUUCUGGUACCUCCAUUUUCGCUGUCAAAGCUUCAGACCCAGAUCUGGAUCGCAACUCAAAAAUCACUUACUCCAUCCUCGACAGCAGCAUUGAGGAGCUGCCUCUCUCCUCCUAUGUUUCCAUCAAUUUUGAGACUGGCACUAUCUAUGCCCAGCGCUCCUUUGACUGUGAACAAUUCAGGGGCUUUGAGAUGCAAGUGAACGCACAAGAUUGUGGCUCUCCCUCUUUUAGUAGCAAUGCCACAGUGCGAGUGUUUAUUCUGGAUCGUAAUGAUAACACCCCACAGAUCCUGUAUCCCACACCAGGUGCUGAUGGCUCAGCCUUGUUUGAGAUGGUGCCUCGAUCAGCUGAGGCAGGCUAUUUGGUGACAAAGGUUGUGGCAGUGGAUGCUGAUUCUGGACACAAUGCCUGGAUCUCCUAUCAUCAGCUCCAGGUUAUUGAGCCAGCUCUCUUCAUCAUUGGGCUCCAUACAGGAGAGGUCAAGACAGUACGGACCUUUGUAGAAAGAGAUGCUACAAAGCAAAAGCUAGUUGUUUUAGUGAAGGAUAAUGGAAGUCCUCCUCUUUCUGCCACUGUAACUCUGAAUCUGGUUUUUGCUGAGAAUUUCCAAGAGGCACUUCCUGAAAUGACCAAGCCAUCCAGUGGCUCAGAGUAUCAAUCUGAUAUGAACACCAUAUUGGUAACUGCCUUAAUUUUAGUCUCACUUCUAUUCAUUUUUACAGCUGCAACAGUUUUAAUACUUAAAUGUCGGAGACAGAAAAGUUCAGUAGUGUUUGGUUCCUACAAUACUGAACUGUACUCUAGCUUGGGACAUAAAUUUUCCUGCAAUUACAAUAAUGGGACAUUGCCAUUACCUUAUUCAUAUGAAGUACGACUAGCCUCCAAGUCAGGGCACAAUGAGUUUGCCUUUCCAAAACCGAACCAGGAGGUUGUCACAGAUAAUCUCAUUACUACAGAUGAUUCUGGAAUUGGGAAUGAAUCUCUAGGUGAAAAUCCCAGCCCCGUCAACAAGAUACAGUUUGAUCCUACAGACUUUUUUUGA